AACAGGGAAGCUAAAACAGCCUUAGAAUACUAACUCCUAUUCAUUCUGCCAGGACAAUGUGAGAAAAGAGUCGCUUACAAGGCUCCUUGGUGUCUCUGCCCCAGCCCUGGCCCCUCACAACUGACCUGGCUUCAUUCAGAAGCAUUUGCCCUGGAGCAGCAUGCAUAGCUCUACGAGCUUGGACCCUGCUGCCUCCCACUCACAGGACAAGCAUACCUUUACUCGACUAGGAUGGGGAAUGGCGCUUUGCUGUUUUAAGUCAGGGAGCAAGUUACAGUGUGACUCAUUCUCAGGUGUGCCACCUGUUUCCCCCAACAGUUUCCAGCACUGUGCCCGCCUGAAGAAACAAUAUCUCAAACAGGCAUCUGCAGAGCUACCAUUCUCCCAAGAAGUAUUGCGGCAGUGGGGGCUGCCCUGUAUACCCUAUUCCCAAUAUAACUUUGACCACAUCUACAACACAGAAAACAUCUCUUUGUCCAAGAACAGAGAAUUCCAAGCUCAGAAGGCGCCCAAACUCAAGCCGCUGUUUUCUUCAUCUAUAAUGGACCUGCCGUUCUUACCAGCCCUCCAACCAAUAACUAAAAGUGUUAAGACCCCAGAGAAAUGCAAACUGAGGAGGCCUAAGAAAGAAAUCUCACCUAGUAACUCCUUGGCUAGAUCUUCCUCCAGUCCUGUUUCUGAGAUUAUGGACUCCCAAUCAACGAUUCUGUCAAACCCUUCUGAGUGGAAACUAGAAAAAAGGGAAACGUGGCUUAGACCAGCAGAGAGGGAGGCCAGAAGUUGGGAGAAUAUUGUGCUCAAAAAAUUGAACAAGCGUACAGCUCGAUGGAUUUUAAACAAGAGACCUCCACAGCCUGGAGUCCCUCCCAGCAAGUGGCAGAGUUUCUUGAGACAUCAGUAUGACUGGAGCCAUAUCCGGGAUGAGCUUUCCUCUGCCAGUGACCUGGACUUAUUGGCCCAGCUUGAGGCUGAAGAGACGGCAGAAUUUGAGGGUGUAGAGACUGUUGCUCCAAUCCAAGAGGAAAAGAAACCAGAGUUACUGCUCCCUGUUUACUUCAGAAUUCCUGCUUACUUACCACUGAAGAAGAAACCCGAGAUGAUGGUUGGCACCAAUAAGACAGCUGCAGAUAUACUUGCCAAACGGAGCCUCUUCCGGGCCCGACCUUCACAGCCAAGGCAACAGAUAAAUCCCAGAGCUGGGAAGUAUGUUUAUGCCACAGAAAAUGCCUUUGAACGGGAGAUUUACUUUGACUUAGUCCAGAUCAUCCAUCGGGAUGACGUGGAGUAUGACAAGAUCCUUUUGGAAAACCUCAACCAAUACUGUAAACAUUUGCCAAAGGCUUUCCCAGAAGGUCCAGAAGAGUGGAAUUAUAACCCACGUCCUCUAGGAGCUCCGAGGCCCAGAAAGGGAGCAUUGCGUUGGACAGCCUUGCCCACUCCAGUUAAGGACCACUUGGAAUUGAGCCAAGAGACUAUUCCUGUCAAGGUCAGGAGAGCAAGGAAGGAUUGUGCACCAAAAAUAGAGGAAAAUGUGCCCUGGGAGAUGCGGGUCCUCCGGAACAUGCUGCAGGAAUGGAAGAAUGCCUGGAUUCUAACUACCCAAUGGCCAGAUGCUACAGUGGAGGGACUGCUACGGAACAUGAACAACGUCCAGGAUGAGGUCAGGGUUGAAGCCAUCAUCACUUGUGCCACAGCAGCUAUGGAGCGACCUCGAACCGAUGAUAUUGAGGAAGACAAAGACAAUGAAGAUUCUAUUCAAACUGAGCCCAUCCAGGAGAUACCAAAAGAAUUACAGCCUGUGCUCAAGGAAGCACUAAUGGAUAAGAAUGCCAGUGUACGCAUGGCAGCAGCUGUGUGUCACUACACCCUCCAAGCACAUGACAGCCAAGCCCAGGAAAUCAUGCAGAAUGCUCUGGCAGUAGGUAAUGAUGCUGACAGCUGGGCAGCAGCCCAGUGCCUGGCUCUGGACGGGAUUGCUUCUUUUCCUGUGGUGAAGAGAAUCCUCUACCAACUGUUUUGCAGAAAGGACAAGAAAACAGAGGAACAAACUUGUCUCCUGCUGAGCUAUCUCAGUGAUAAGACAGUUCCAUCACUACUGAGGGUGCAUAGAGAAACCACUAAACUAGGUCUUACAUCUCCUCAGAGCCUGAUACAUACCCUACUUGCUGUGGAACUGAACAGCUACCAAUGGGAAGACAGGAUUGUGGCCUGCCGAGCUCUUUCCCGAAUCAGGGGGAGGAGUGUCAACCAGGAUCUGAAACACAAAUUGAUCCAGCUGAUGUGGAAUGAUUGGAACUGGGGUGUGCGCCAAGCAGCUGCCCAAGCCCUUGGACAGAUGAAGCUGGGGAAGGAGGUGCAUGACAAGAUUGGAAUGAUGCUGGGUCAAGGAAACUCCCGGGAGCGAGUAGAUGCCCUCUCCCUGAUUGGCUGGCUGAAGCUUAUGACUGCCAAGUUGCUUCCUGACUUCAUUAACUGCUUCUCUGAUGAUUUUGUGGCUGUGAGGAAGGAAGCCUGCCUAGCGGCUGGUGAACUCAAGAUAAAAGAUAAGAUGGUCUAUGACAGCCUCCUAAAGUUGGUACAGGGUGAUCCAUACUGGAAAAUCAAAGCUUUUGCCAUCAGAGCUUUAAGAAUGAUUGGCCUUGUAAGUCCCCAGUUAACAGACCUCUUGCUCUGGGCUAUCCACUAUGAGGAGGAACCAGGUGUGCGACUAGAAGCCUGUAGGAGCAUCAUUGCCCUUCAACUUCAGGGAGACAAAAUCCGAGACACCUUCCUAGACGUGCUCCUCCUAGAGAGCCAUGAGGCUGUUCUUAGGGAAGUGAACAAUGCAAUGAAGAUUCUUCACUUACAAGACGAAGGAAACCAGGACAUGCUUCAAGAGAUAAAGAAAAAGAUUUCCGAACUAAACCAGAAAAACUUGAUCAUCAAUAAAAUACUGAAGAUCGAGAAAAUUGCUGAAACCAUUCGGCAAGAAGCAAGAUUUAUCUGUCUCAGCCACCCCAGAAAAGAUAAACCUUUAGCACAACUUGUAGACUUUUUCCAAGAUGCUUUUAAAGAUCCUGAUGGCCCUUUCACUCCGACACCUUCUGAUACCUGUGCCUUGGAAAAAGCCUUAGAGCUUGUGCGAUCACCUACACCAAAUGCCUUCAGUAGGAGUCCCAUCUUUGAUCAGAAGAUUCCUGAAAGAGUAACACUCAAUAAACGUCUAAAAACCAUCAGGGAAAAAAAGAUUGCUUUGGGACCAUUUAGUGAGGCCCAAUGCUUAUCUAAGACUGAAUAAAAGCCAAGAAAAGAAAAGAAAAAAGACCUUUUCAUCAUCUUCCAGUUGAAGAAAAAAAAUCCCCUUGAUCCCAUCAAGAAGUAGACAACUGAUAGGUAGCUUUGUUGUCAGAAGAGUCUAUCUUAUCAUUCUGUAUUAUCUGUUUGUUCAGUAUGUCUAUAAACUGGAUGCUGAGGAGGAACUGGAUUAAUUUCUUAAUUUAAGUCAUUGUUGAGGAGUGGUUGAUCCAACUCCUUCUCUCCCCACCAGAGCUCUCUAGUUCACUAGAACUCAAAAUAAGUAGAGCUUUGGCAUGUUUUGCACAAUGCACAGGAGGUCUUUUGAGGCAUGGCCCGGAGCUCCUUUCCCCAAACCAAGAAUCAGCUCUGAUGAGUUUUUAUCAACAGGUUUGGGAAAGGACAAAUGCAGUGGCUUCAACCCACUAAUCAAAGUUGGAGGAGAGGGUGGGGUAUGUCCCUGGAAUCCAUCACAAACCCUAACUGGCUAAAUCAUGUUCUCUCCCUUGUGAGUGGGAGGUAGUAACUACUUUUAAAUCCCUAGUAUAUACCUCAAAUAUUCCACAAAACAGAUUAGCAAUGAUUCUCUUGAUACUGCAGCCUUAAAAUGUUUAAUGACCUCUAAAAGAGUUAGGCUUCUGACGGAACCAGAAUUCUGUCAUUCAUUCAACAGAACAAGCUUGACAGUUAUGUCAACAUGACGUGGUGUUCAACAUGUUCAAAUGUUCAACAAACAUUAAGUAUCUACAUAUGCAAAGUGAGUGGGAUGUGAAGAUAGAUAAACCAGCUCCUGCCCUCAGAAACUCUUGGGGGAGCUCAUAAAAGUUUAGCUGGAGUUGAGUGAGAACACAGAGUAGUGGCUACAGGACAGAUGGGAAGAUAUUCUGAAGAUCUAGUUUCCUUCACUAUUACUAUUUACCUACAUAAUGCCUGUGGACCUCUCCUCUUUAAAGAGCUGAGUCAUUCGGCGUUCAAACUUGAAAAAAAAAAGUAGUUUUAAAUCCUACUUCUCAUCCUCCCUUCUGACUCUCGGCCUCCUUCCAUUCUCACCCCCUUAAUAUUAUUGGUACCAUAAUUAUAAACAGAAUAUGAGCAUAAAGAAACAUAGUCCCCCCACAAAAGUCAAUGACUGGUAUUUCUGAAAGAGUCCGUGGAAACUGUGGGACACAAUUACUGGAGGAAAAAAAGGAACCUUUUUUUCACAUGCCCUCUGAACAUUAGAAGAAAAAAAAAAGAGUAGAACAACUUUCAGAGAAAACUCUAAGGAAUUUCGGUGAAUUCUUGAGCCUCAUUGCUAGACCUAAUAUAGAUGGUUAUAGAUAAAAUUCCAUUGUGACAACUAAUUUGAGUAUGUAGAGGUUUUAUGUAAUAAAACUACUUCCAUUGUUCAAUAUCUGGCCUUUGGAAAAAAAAUAAUCUAGCUACAAAGAAUUCUAUACAAUGAACAAUACUGUUCAGGUCCUUUCCUUGAUUUCUAUUCCUGUAAUAACCACUCUACGAGGAAAACAUUUCAUUGUGAGUCAUUUGCAUCAUAGGCUAGAAUAGUUGUGGCAGUCUGAAAAACGUCUAGUUCAGAUGGACCUCUUUGAAAAACCUUACAAUAUUCCUCAGAGGUAGGUACUACAGGUAUAAUUUUAUAGAUGAAAAAAUUGAACAUCACAGAAGUGAAGUGACUAGCAUAUGGUCACAAAAUAUCCGAGGCAACAUUCAAAUCCAGGUUUUCCUGUCUGCAAAUCUUGCACUCAACCAUACCAUAUAUAAAACCUGUUACCACUGCACAGUCCUGCUAUGGAGAAUGGAAUUUAGGUGGUAUUCUUCUGAACUAGUAGGAGUAGAAGGAGCAACUAGGGCUUUGUGUAUGUGUAACCUGGGUGUACCACGUCCCGAGGGCAGGCAAAAUGAUUCAAAGAAUCAUUGACAACCUUCUUCCUCCAGUGGCCCGAAGAUUGUUAUACCCCAGAACCUAGCAACCCCCCAACUGAAAAACAAGACCCAAAUGUAUCUUUGUCCCUAUAGUAACCGAGACACCUGUUCCUUUACCCUGGCUUC